CCCAGAGAGGUAUAGUCAACCUGGAUGGAUACACGUGGAUUGCGUUAUGGUGGACUCUCAGAACACACCCCAGAGAGGUAUAGUCAACCUGGAUGGAUACACGUGGAUUGCGUUAUGGUGGACUCUCAGAACACACCCCAGAGAGGUAUAGUCAACCUGGAUGGAUACACGUGGAUUGCGUUAUGGUGGACUCUCAGAACACACCCCAGAGAGGUAUAGUCAACCUGGAUGGAUACACGUGGAUUGCGUUAUGGUGGACUCUCAGAACACACCCCAGAGAGGUAUAGUCAACCUGGAUGGAUACACGUGGAUUGCGUUAUGGUGGACUCUCAGAACACACCCCAGAGAGGUAUAGUCAACCUGGAUGGAUACACGUGGAUUGCGUUAUGGUGGACUCUCAGAACACACCCCAGAGAGGUAUAGUCAACCUGGAUGGAUACACGUGGAUUGCGUUAUGGUGGACUCUCAGAACACACCCCAGAGAGGUAUAGUCAACCUGGAUGGAUACACGUGGAUUGCGUUAUGGUGGACUCUCAGAACACACCCCAGAGAGGUAUAGUCAACCUGGAUGGAUACACGUGGAUUGCGUUAUGGUGGACUCUCAGAACACACCCCAGAGAGGUAUAGUCAACCUGGAUGGAUACACGUGGAUUGCGUUAUGGUGGACUCUCAGAACACACCCCAGAGAGGUAUAGUCAACCUGGAUGGAUACACGUGGAUUGCGUUAUGGUGGACUCUCAGAACACACCCCAGAGAGUUUGAACUCCAAUCGAUGCACAUUGAUUGUGAUGUGGGGCGACCACAGACCUGCAAUGACCUACCAGCCAGGACGUCGGUUGAUGAAAUAGUACUUCAGAGGGCCUCGGGCCCCGUCGGCCCUCCAGGACCUGCAGGUGUCCCAGGAAUUGAUGGUGUCGCUGGUGAGAGGGGAGACGACGGAGAGGAUGGCCCUGCUGGUCCUGAUGGAGAUGCAGGUAAACUAGGCUCAGCCGGGUUGCCAGGUGUGCCCGGGGCUGAUGGUUUGACUGGUCCUACUGGAGACGAAGGUCCCGAUGGUCCCCUUGGACAGAAAGGUGAACCCGGGAAACCAGGACCUCGUGGACUAGCUGGCGUUGGAGACGAUGGACCCCCUGGACCCCCGGGGCCAGGAGGACUUCCAGGUGAUUUGGGAAAAGGUGGACCCCCUGGUGCUAUGGGAGUGAGAGGACCAACAGGACCUGGUGGAUCAGUAGGGCCGAGAGGUGCAGCAGGGAUGCAGGAUUUGAGUGCCGAGCUGUGCCCUGGUGCCUGUCCACCUGGGACACCUGGUCAUCCCGGCCUCCCUGGCAUGAAGGGUCACAAAGGAGUAAAAGGGGAAGGAGGAGAGCCUGGGAAACAAGGGCACAAGGGUGAAGAGGGUGACCAGGGAACCACAGGGGACCUCGGAUCCCAGGGCCCAACGGGUCCUCAGGGAAUCAGAGGCUCCACUGGAAUGAUGGGGCCCAAAGGUGGACUGGGAGCACGAGGACAUGAUGGAGAUCCAGGUCCCCAGGGUGUUGAAGGAGCCACUGGUGACCAAGGCCAGAGGGGCGUGAUGGGCGAGUUUGGUCCUAAAGGUGAUGAGGGAUCUCAAGGUGGAAGAGGAAUCACAGGUCUUCCUGGGCCCAAGGGAAAGGGUGGUUUGUCAGGAGUGGAUGGCCGUGAAGGUAUUCCUGGAUUGCCAGGUGGAAAGGGCACCAUUGGCAAGGCUGGGUCUCCAGGGGAGGUGGGGCUUCAGGGACUUCCUGGAUUACCUGGUUCUCCUGGCUCUAAAGGAACUGGUGGAGAGAAGGGUAGCUCUGGAGAGGCAGGUCUUCUUGGAACAAUAGGAUCUGCUGGUAAAACAGGAGAGCAAGGCAAAGCAGGAGGUCUAGGACCCAUUGGACCCAUUGGUGGACCGGGAGACAGCGGAGUACAAGGACCAGCCGGUCCACCGGGCAAACCAGGGGCCAGGGGACCUAAAGGGGAUCUUGGUCUUCCUGGUGUUCCCGGACCCCCAGGCCUCCCCGGAGUGAAGGGAGAGAGGGGAGAAGCUGGCGAGGGAGGACCUAAAGGGGAGCAGGGGGGACAAGGUUCUGAGGGAACCUCUGGAGACAAAGGAGAUGUUGGUGACCAAGGGGAAGCUGGACCCAAAGGAGUGGUUGGAAACCCAGGAGAGCCUGGUAACAGAGGGCCAGAGGGUAGCAGAGGGCAGCCUGGCAUCGAGGGCCCAGCUGGUACUUCUGGACCACGUGGCAUGCAGGGCAACAGGGGCGCACCAGGAAUCAGGGGGUCACAGGGACCGGCGGGUAAAGAACCAAGCGAUCAACACAUCAGACAAGUCUGCAUGAGAGUUAUGCAAGAGCAACUAGCCCAGUUGGCUGCCAGUCUAAGGAGGCCGGAGUCUGGAGCAGCGGGCCUACCUGGUAAGCCAGGGCCUCCUGGUCCUGCCGGACCCCCAGGGGACAGUGGCUUCCCUGGGCAGGCUGGCGCAAGAGGACUACCUGGCCUCAAAGGACCUCCAGGACUCCUAGGACUCAAAGGACCAAAAGGUGAAUUGGGCGACAGAGGAGACCGAGGUCCCACGGUGCGAGGGGCCAAGGGCCAGCCAGGACCUCCCGGUCUACCAGGUGAGCCCGGAAAGCCUGGUUACGGCCAGGAGGGACGUGACGGUGAGAGAGGACCUCCAGGUGUUCCUGGCCAGGCUGGUGUACCUGGGCCUCCUGGUAAUGCUGGUCCCAACGGCUACUGCGACCCAUCGUCCUGCAACCUCAGACCGGGGGACAUUGACACCAGCAUCAAAGGCCCGGAGGGAACUAGAAACUAGAGCCACCACCCAGUGGAGGCUGGUGUCACUUUAAAUCUGAGGACUGGAUCUAAUGGCUGUAAUGGAAUGAAUGGAAAAGUUUCAAACACCUUGGAUUCUGUUCCAUUUAUUCCAUUAGAGCCAUCACUAUGACCCAUCCCCCCUUCACCAGCUUCCACUGCCCAACACCCAGAGAGGGGUAGAGACAGAGACAGAGACUAAGAUGGCAGAUGGACAGCUCUCCCACCCCAACCCUGGGAGCACACAACAUCCUCACAGCCUCUCUACUCUGAAGGCUGUUGCUGUAAAGUGGUCCAUUCUAACGUAUCUGCAGUGUUUUGUGAGAGUGUUCUGUGCUAGCCAGAUCUCUAUCGGAUAUGAAGGAGUCUUCCACUUCCACAAAUGCGAAACAAAACUAAGUAUUUUGUUGCAAAACAAUAAUAGUCCUGAACCUGUUUGGACGUGUAACAGUUUUUUACAUGACGGAUUUUCUUUUCUUGUUUUCAGAGAUGGGUGCUAUAUUUUAAGAUAUUAAUGUUUUGAAGACUAUAUUUGUUUUUAUUCCGCCGUCCCUGUAAACCUAGAUGUCCUUAAUAACCACCAGACAAUCACCUGUCCUUAAUAACCACCAGACAAAUGACCUGUCCUUAAUAACCACCAGACAAAUUCGCCUGUCCUUAAUAACCACCAGACGCAUUUACCUGUCCUUAAUAACCACCAGACAAACACCUGUCCUUAAUAACCACCAGACAAAAUAUACCUGUCCUUAUUAACCACCAGACAUUCACCUGUCCUUAUUAAUCACCAGACAAACUACCUGUCCUUAAUAACCACCAGACAAGCACCUGUCCUUAUUAACCACCAGACAUUCACCUGUCCUUAUUAACCACCAGACAAGCACCUGUCCUUAUUAACCACCAGACAAACUACCUGUCCUUAAUAACCACCAGACAUUCACCUGUCCUUAUUAACCACCAGACAAGCACCUGUCCUUAUUAACCACCAGACAAACUACCUGUCCUUAAUAACCACCAGACAUUCACCUGUCCUUAUUAACCACCAGACAGGCACCUGUCCUUAUGAACCAUCUGGCUGUAUUUGUAUGUUCCCUUUCCUCCUCUCCUCUCACUGAAACAGCUGUAUACUGUAGCCAACAUGUUGAUUUCAGCAGCGGCUCCAUCCACAUCAAAUCACACUAAUUCCUCCCCAAUAAAGUAAAACCAUAAAGCAAUACCAGGAUGGCCUUUAGCCCAAAGUGUAUUUUUUGGGUAUUUGUAAUGUACUGCAUCAUGUUCUAUAUUGAAGUAUCAUAUACCAAAGAUAAGACCUGGUGAAAAACAGUGAUAUCAGUUUGUACAGAAAGUACCUGGGGUAUUUCCAGCCCCCUGCUUUCCUUCCAGAAAUAUAAAUAAAGAGAUAGAAGAUAGGACUGACACCAAGCCACACUGACUGACGGACCUUCCAUAUGCGCUGUACAUCUCUGUAAAUUGUUUUCAAUUGUGGUUAAUAAUAUUUCCUACAAAAAAAAAUAACUAUCCUAAUGAUUGAAUGUGAGGGUUGUUCUCAUUGUACAGUGUGAGGAGGAUUCUGAGAGAUUAUUAUUUUGAAAAUAAAUGGAAUAUUCCCUUCACAGUA